AUGUGCUGUUCAAGGAAAUAAAAAACAAACACUUAAAGAGAAGAAAUAAAUAAAUUAGGAAAAUUAACAAGACUUACAGAAACUGAAUUGAUAGAAUUAAAAACUAGAUUUGCCAGAAUGUCAUAGGGUUCUAAUUUUGUGACUAAGUUUUAAUUUCGAGAUAAUUUGGGUUUACUUGGGAUGGGUACUAUGCUACAUUUAUCAGAUAGAAUCUUUCUCAUUAUGGAUGAUGAUAAAGAUGGUAAGGUAUGUUUUAAAUGAAAUCUAUUUAGAUUCGAUUUGAAGAUUUCGCUCUUUAUUUUGAUAAAGUAAGUCAUGGAGAUGCCAGAGAAAAGGCUGAGAUUAGUUUUAAGUUGAUUGAUAAAAACAAGGUUGGAAGCUUUACAUCAGCUGAAUUCAAUGAUACAAUGUAAGGAGUAAUUAAUAGCUGGAUAGCCAUGACUGGAUAAAAUUUAACCAGCGAAACUAAGAAAUAGAUUGACUAAAGAAUAAAAUUAAUUUUCAAAACCAUGGAUGUUGACCAAGCUGACAGAGUUACAUUAUAAUAAUAUUAAGAUUCUGUUAUAGCUGAUCCAGCACUCUUAGAAAUAUUUGACUUCGCUAGAAGAGGUGUUACUCUUGAAACUAUAGAUUUUAGCAUUUAAUAACAAUCUAGGUAUAUUUAAAAUAUAGAAAAAAAACUUGAUCAAUUACUAGAAUUUAUGAAUUAAGAUGAUAAUAAAAAAGAAAAACAACUUCCUCAUUUUAUUAGAGGAAGUACUGAAUAAGAAUAAAAAUAAAGGAAUAGUUAAGUUGAAAAUCUCCAUUCCCCUAUUGUUAGUCUUUUUAAAUAUGAAAGUGAUGAAAACAACCAUUAUAAUUUAAAUAACGAAUAGGGAGUUAAUAAAUUCUUUACUUCAGAGUAAUUUGCAUCCUUUAAUUAUAAUCAUUCUAAUGAACUAUCAAUUGAACAUAUAAAAAAUGAUUAGAAUUAGGAUUUUUCAUUUUAUGGACAACAGAAACCCAAAACUAAAUAAAAAGCAUUAUUUUAAUAAAUUCCAUAGAAAUUAAUUGAACAAGAUACCUCUGAACCUAAAGAGGAAGAUCAAUUUUGUUAAACAGAACAUAGUUUUGAAAUUGAAAAUGAAAAAAAUCAAUUUUAUUAAUUUGUAGACUAAAUGAAUGCUGAUUAACUUAAAAAUAAAUAUAAAUCUAUGAUCACAUCAGUUUAAGAAAUCAGUAAAGAGGUUCAAAGAUUGAGAGAAUUAAUUGAUCAAAAUCAAAUAAAACAAUAAAAAAUGGACAUUAUUGAUUAGAUUAAUGAAUAAAGAUUACACACUAUUAUAAAUAUACCAAGAAAGUAAACAUCUAAUAAAAAUCAAAAACAAACGAAAAAACCAAAAAUUAGUGUUUCAUUUGGACAUGAAAACUUUAAUUUAGUAUUAAAUAUGAUGAUCGGAAUUCAAAUGGCAGUAAGCAGUAUUAAUAUAGCAGAUGACUAUGAAGUUGGUUCAAAAGAUUUUAAAUUAAAAUAUUAUUUUGAACUCCUACCAAGAAGAGCAUAAGGUGAUAAAAGCUCUUUUAAAGUAUGUUAGUUCUUUGAUUAUGCUCCACGAGUAUUUAAUAGUAUUAGAACUAUUUAUGGAAUAGACAAUCAUUAAUAUCUAAAAAGUAUUGGUCCUGAAUCUAUUUUACAAUCUUUAAUUAAAGGAGAUUUAUCUUGUCUAUAAGAAUUAACAUCGACAGGAAAAAGUGGAAGCUUUUUUUAUUAUACAGCAGAUGGGCAGUUUACUUUAAAAACAAUACAUCAUUAAGAGUUUCGAUUUCUGAAAUAAAUUAUGAGAAAUUAUUAUUACCAUCUCAAAAAUUAUCCAGAAACAUUGAUUAUAAAGUAUUAUNUACUCUGA